CAUGUCGGCGGCGGCCGGAUGUUGAUGUCGUGAAGGAGCGAUGGCGGCGGCGGGGUCUGGCGGGCCCGGCGAGCGGCAGCGGAGGGUGCAGGCGCUGAGCGCGGCGCUGCGGGGCCGCCUGGGGCCCUACGAGCCGCUGCUGAGCGCCGCGCAGGCCGCGUUGGUGUGGGAGCGGCCGGGCCGCAGCGCGCUGUGGUGGGCGGUGGCGCACGGCCUCUUCUGGUUUUUUGCUCUGACUUCUCUUCGCUUGCUGUUCCUGCUCUCGCUCACCCUCAUGGUAGUUGUUUGUCUGGAUCAGUGGAAGCACAAAAUCUGGCCUGAAAUUGGGGGGGCAAGACCUGGCGAGGUAGACAGUGAGAGCUGGGGCUACGUCCACCCUCGGCUGCUCGGGGUGCCAGAGCUCUGCCACCAUCUGGCUGAAGGAUGGGUGGCUGGCAGCAGCUUCUUCAGUAAUCUCCUGGUUUUCAAGAGGCAAAACCCUGGCAAGUUUUGCCUUCUAGCCUGUGGAGUCUUUACUUUCCUGGCUGUCCUGGGCCGGUACAUCCCUGGGCUCCUGCUCUCCUACCUGCUGUUGCUCCUCAUCCUGCUGUGGCCCCUUGCUGUGUACCACAGGCUGGGGCAGCGCUUGUACCUGCGGCUGGAGCCAGCUCUGCAGCGGCUGGAUUUCAGCGUCCGAGGCUACAUCAUCUCCAGGCAGCGAGAGAAGCAAUUGCGUUGCAGAGCCCUUCACCAGGAGGCUGUGGAGGAUGGGAGUGACAGCGAGGAGGAGCUGGCUGCCUUCUGCCCCAAGCUGGAUGACUCUGUGGUUGCCAAGGAGUUAACCAUCUCCGACUCGGAGCACUCGGACGCGGAGGUUUCCUACACGGAGAAUGGAAUCUUCAACCUCUCCCGGGGCCAGACCCCCCUGACCGAGGGCUCCGAGGACCUGGAUGGACACAGUGACCCAGAGGAAUCUUUUGCCAGGGAUCUGCCUGACUUCCCUUCCAUCAACCCAGAAGCAGCUGGCUUCGACGAGGAGGACGACACCAGCAUUGGGCUGCCCAGCCUGGCCUUCCGCUCGCAAGCCACGGAGGCCGCGCCGCCGGAGCAGGAGCUGGGCGCGCUGCCGGCCGUGCAGCACCUCACCAACAACAUUGCUGGCUUUGUCACCAGGGGGGUGAUCCAGCUGGCACUGUCGGGAGCCCCGCAGGCAGGCUCCGCUCGCAGCCAGCAGCCCCCGAGAGCCGCGAAGCCCCUCCUCCGGGCGGGCAGCUCGGACUUGGACACGGACGCGGAGGGAGAUGACUUUGAGCUGCUGGAUCAGUCUGAGCUGAGCCAGCUGGACCCUGCUGGCUCACGUGGCCAGUAGACCCCCAGCACCUCCCUCUGGUUUUCUGUUGUGCAUCAUGGAGGGAGCCCUGGAAGGAGAAGUUUUGCACAGUUCUCUGGAUGGUCUCCUGUGUAUGAGUGAGGCGACAGCCAGCCCCAGGAGCACCUCUGUGACUCUGUAGCCUUGCUUGGGUUUGAAAAUAAACUGCACUGGUAACUCGUAGGGAAAGGCACUGAUGUGAGAGCCCCACAAUCACCACUGCCCUGCACUGCCUGCUGGAUGCUGCUUGCUCCACCUCUCCUCGCCUAAGACAGCAACUCUGGGGUUGCAGCUCUGGAGGCUGCUGCUCAGACCGAGCCGGUGUCACCGAGGACAAUCCCAAAGCCAACCUUCCAGGGCUGCUGUGUAACUGACUGGGUGAACAGGAUUCCUUUUUCCCUCGGACUGAGAGUCUGGGACUCGAUGCUGUUUUGUCUGAGACAACCAUUCCUGCUCCUGAGAUGUCCACAGAAUCCAGGUCUUCUCUCCCAGCACUAUCUGGGUAGGAACAGUCCCCCUGCUCCUGCUGUGGGCCCAUCAGUGUCUGACCACAGUGUUUGUAUUUGCCCUGGCCCCAGCCCUGGGUUCCAGCUUUCCA